UUUACAAGCAAUGAAUGCGCAUCCAUCUUCCCCAUCUCCUCCUCUACUGCUCUGAUGCCAAAUAGUCUAAGAUUUGCCAAAGGGAUAGGCUUCCUCUGCUUUUCUUAAUCCCCAACUACAGUAUACUUCCCAUUCUUAUUUGUUUCAUUAUUGUUAUGGGUUUAUGCUUAUUGCUGACUGAAAUUUAGCACUGCAAACACCAGCUGGUUUCAUUAUCAACACGUAAUCCCCUAUGGAUUGUCUAUUGUGGUGUGAAGUGGCUCGUGGACUUGUGUGGGAAUCUUCUUUCUUUAGAUAAUCUUUAGCUAGGUUGACUAUUCCCGGAAACUGCAGAACUGCAUGUGAGAUCUGUUCUGGCUGAACGAGGAACCUUGUCCUUUAACCAAACCGGAUGUUUUCUUUCUAAAUCAGUGCUAAAGAAUUGGAUGUGAGAGAUCUGCCCUGGCUGAAGGAGGAACCUUGUACUUUAACCAUACCGCAUGUUUUCUUUCUAAAUCAGUGCUAAUGGGGGGUUGUGUCUCAACUAGCGGUCAGAGUACGUGUAGUAGCCGGAGCAAUGGGGAGGCAGUUCGUCCUGCAUGUUUGGGGAUUGGAUUUUGUGGGCAAAAGAGAACUAAAAGAACAUUCUCUGACCAUGUUGUUACAAUCCAGCAUUUGCCCUCUAUACCCAACAGGAUUUUCACAAAUGGAAAAAGCAGAAGUGCUUGUGUGUUCACUCAACAAGGCCGUAAAGGAAUUAACCAGGAUGCCAUGAUUGUAUGGGAGGAUUUCAUGUCAGAAGAUGUGACAUUUUGUGGUGUUUUUGAUGGCCAUGGUCCACAUGGUCAUCUUGUUGCCCGCAAAGUGAGAGAUGCCCUUCCCCUCAAGUUGCUUUCCUUCUUGCACUCUUGUCAAUCAAGGGAAAAUGGGUCUGGCGGGGCAUGUUUCAAAGGAAAUUUGAAGAAAUCAGGUGAAGAUUCCGAGAAAGAUAGUGCAGCUGAGGAUAAAUUAGGUAGUUUAUGGAGGGAAUCAUUCCUAAGAGCAUACAAGGCUAUGGAUAAAGAGUUGAGAUCCCAUCCUAGUUUGGACUGCUUCUGUAGUGGUAGCACUGCUGUAACUAUAGUGAAACAGGGGUCCAAUCUUUUCAUGGGAAACAUUGGUGAUUCACGAGCAAUUAUGGGAUCUAAAGACAGCAAUGACUCAAUGGUGGCAAUACAGUUAACAGUUGAUCUAAAGCCGGAUUUGCCAAGGGAAGCUGAAAGGAUCAAAAAGUGCAAAGGUAGGGUCUUUGCAUUGCAAGAUGAGCCUGAAGUACCAAGAGUCUGGUUGCCAUUUGAUGAUGCCCCUGGGCUAGCAAUGGCUCGAGCUUUUGGAGACUUCUGUUUAAAGGAGUAUGGUGUAAUCUCUAUACCUGAGUUUUCCCACCGAAUCCUCACAGAAAGAGAUCAGUUUAUUGUUCUUGCCUCAGAUGGGGUUUGGGAUGUCUUGAGCAAUGAAGAGGUGGUUGAGAUAGUAUCCUCGGCUCCAAGCAGAGCAUCAGCAGCUAGGAUUCUGGUGGACUCAGCUGCUCGAGAGUGGAAACUCAAAUACCCAACUUCAAAGAUGGAUGAUUGUGCGGUGGUCUGCCUAUUUUUGGAUGGAAAAAUGGACUCAGAAUCUGAUUGUGAAGAACAGGGCUUCUCUACAGCGACCCUUCUGAGAAACCAUUCUAGUAAUGCAGUUGAAUCAGAUGAUGGUCAGAAAUCAGAACCAUCACUUCAAAGAAACUUCACUGUUAGAUCAUCUGAUGAAAAUGAUACUUAUGGAAGACUACAACAAGAGUCUGAAGCCAAUGGAGAUAAUAUUGCAGCUGAAGAUCAAAAUUGGUCAGGUUUGGAAGGCGUGACGCGAGUGAACUCACUUGUUCAACUUCCAAGGUUUUCCGAGGAGAGGCCAAACCCCUAAAUUUUGUGUUCUAGAUACAGAACUGCAGUGGCUUUGAUGUUGAAAGAAAUCCUUCUGGAUUGGUGACUGUAAUGCAGGUAAAUUAUUGCCACGACUAUUUGUUCUGUAGUAUUGCACAAAAUAUUCUAGGAAAACAGCGUUGGUCUCAACUUUGAAGAGAUUAAACUGCAUGAGUUUAGCUCUGUUAGUGUCAUUAAAUUCCUAACAAAUGUUCUUUAUCAUCAAUGCAUUCAUAAAGAAUGAAUGAAUGACCGGGUUGAGCAAGAAUCAUUAACAGUCUUCCAUUGUAAAUGUUAUCAUGUGAAAGAUCAAAGAUUAUUUGGAGUGUGAGAUGGUGGAGACACUUCAUUAGGUGGAAGAACCGUUAGGUGACUCAAUGUAAUGAGGCACCAAACAAAAGAGACCGAAAGUGAUUAGCCAAGCUUACCCAAAAAAGCAUAAAACUCUUCCCAUUACCAUUGGCCUUUCCAUUUCUUCAAUUCUGCCAGCUACUACUGUCCCUUGAGAGCAAACCAUCUCCUAAUUCACUGCCAAAUUUCAUCAAACUCUGCACCCAGAAAAAAGAAGAGGGAAAAAAAAAGGAAGAAGGAGAAGAAAGACGAAAGAAAGAA